AUGCGAGAAGUGGGUGCUUGGAUGCAGACGAUGUAUCUCAAGACCAGCUGUAUUCCAUUUCUUCGACAAGAUCUCGAAGACGGCGAUGGCGAUGCGACAAUGAGCAUCGGAGAUAUUCAAACAUCAUAUCGAUGGCUACGAGUAUUGGGUGUGGAGAAUGCAAUAGGCCAAGUCCGUGAUAUCGGGCAUACGAAGGUUGCGGAGGCAGAAGAGUAG